CAGUCUAUUCUGUGGUGCCGGUGUUAUUCCGUCCUUGUGUCGCCGCUCUCUGUUGUUACAUUCCAACGCCCGCUCCGUGUGCCGGUGCUGCUGUGUUGUGUGUUGUGCUCGUGUCAGUGCCAGUGUUUUGUGAAUUAUAACUUCAGCUGUUGUUUGUAGAUUGCCAUCAUUCUUUCUAUCUAGACAACAUAAUUGUUCAGGAGUACUUAGUGAAUACUGUAAAGUGAGUGUGUAAAGUGGAGAUGUGCCGUACGCGGCAGUAGUGGAGAAGCUGCGCAAGGCGGUGCGGUGGUGGGGGAAGACUCAGCAUGACGCCAUGACCGACCAAGAUGGCGGCUUGUCGGAAGCGGGAUGCUACGAGGCUCGAAUGUUCGACUCCGUGGUGCGACCCCGACAACGCGAAGACUCUACGUCGGAACAGAGUGCCCAGGAGGAGUUCGACCAGUGGCUCUGGGUCGCCUACCACGAGGAGUACGAGGCCAAGGGAGAGGUGUCGGACUGUAUCUACCACCAUGCCAAGGGGGGCCUCCACGGGCCAGGGAGGGUCAGGAUGUUCCUGCCUGCCCUGAACAAAGUUCUAUGCAGCAACAGGGUCAGCCAGAUGACCAAGACCUACAAUGACAUAGAGGCGGUCACUAGGCUUCUUGAAGAGAAAGAAAAGGACAUCGAGCUCACAGCUCGCAUCGGCAAGGAGCUACUCGGCCACAACCAGAAGCUUGAGGCCAAUGUUGCGUCGCUAGAGGGAGAGUUACGAAGUGCCAACGAGAAGAUAACGCAGCUCACACACGAGCUCACCAAGAAGACUGAACUGAUCCAGAUCCUCACCAACGAUGUGGACGACUCGGGUUCCGAGCCAGGUACCCCAGCAGGCACUGUUAACUGGGAGGUGCUACAAAGACGCCUGCUGCGCCUGGAGGAGGAGAACAAGAGCCUGCGCAGUGAGGCGACGCAGCUGUCUCAGCAGACAGAAGAGUGCGAGGCUGCGGAGGCGCGACUCGUGGCUGAGCUAGCGGCACAGCUUGCGCUGACACGCACAGACCUGUCCGGUGCCUCACUAGAUGCGGACCGUCAGAGGGAGGAGGCACUGGCCACUCGGGCGCUCGCUGACCACCUACAGGAGAAACUCGGCAAUGCUGAGGCUAAGAUCACAGCGGUAACGCAAGAGAAUGAAGAGCUCGUCCAGAUGGUGAACCUGGCACGGGAGACGCAAUGUGAGCUGGCGACCGAGUUAGCGGAGGUGAAGGAGAAGUAUGCAGAAGUGAUGAAUCUUCUGCAGGAAGCGCAGGAGACGCUGCGUAAACAACGCAAGAAGAGCCAACCUCAAGCACGCGGUGGUCUGCUGUUCCCCUCACUGCACACAUCAGUUCCGACGCAUGCUCACAACCCUGACUCCCUUGCGUCGGAGCUGGAGUGUUCACUGUUCUCUGAACUCAGCCUCGACUCGGGCAUCGGAGCUUCAUCAACCACCCUGCCCAACUACAAGAAGGUAUUUGAGACGGUGAGAUGUGCCAGUCGUGCCGGCUCUCAGGGCAGCAACAGCUCGGCAGGCAGCAGUCCGGGUCCGGGGUCUCGGUACCCCACCCUCGGCCCCACGGCGCCUCUGUCGACCUCAUCCAUCCAGCGGCCUCGGAUGUCUUCAAGCUACCUGCCUCCUCACAGACUGUCCAGGCCUGGCUUGGAUUCUGCAGGGGCCAGUGACUCCGAGUGUUCUGAUACAGAGUCAUCGUUUGCUGCACACAGUGGGGACCGUGACAGAAUGUCCGGGACUGCGCAGGAGCUAGAGGCUGCGUUACGCAGACUGACGCCUACUGCAGUUGCUGCCCGCAGAGCCGCCUUAUCUGCUGGGCUCGACCAUGACCUUGACUGUCGAACUCCAGACAGUAUCAUGUCUACAGGCAGCAGUGGCGGGUACAGUGGGCUGGGCGGAUGGAAGCUUCCCGACAAACUGCAGAUUGUGAAGCCGAUGGAGGGGUCCGCAACGUUACACCACUGGAGCGAGUUGGCCACCCCUUCGCUGGGAGGGCUGCUGGAGGAGAGGCCUGGAGUGAAGGUGAGAGGUGGUCUGGAGCUGGAGCAGCUGGGCCUGGAGCUGUACACUCUGUCGGACCUGGAGGAGGAUGAUGAGGUUAUUCACCCAGGCAAGAGCUUCCAAGAUACAGGCAGUGUUUACACCUACACCACUAGCACCGUCAUGCACCCUGACGACAACACCAGCGUCACGCACAGUUACCGAGGCAGCCAGAUGUGUACGGCGACGAGUAGCCGCAUGUCGAGUGUCGCAUCAACACCUGUCGUCCGCUCCCGUCGCAACUCCACCUCCACCUUUUCGUCGUCCCUGGGACUCGCCAAGAUGCUCAACGAGCGAGGAAUCAAGGCUGUGACUCCUUCCACUCUCCCUACUCCCAUGUUCUCUCCUACCGCCACCCCCGCCAACAGCCCCGACCACUCCCCAUCCUCCACUCCCGACCACUCCAGGUCUCCCUCCCCCUCCCCCACAGCGUCCAGCUACUCCCCUCUUGGGCUUCCAGGAUUCUUGAUGAGCAGUGGUGCAGAGCUGUUGCGGCGGACACUGAUUGGAGCUACGCAGUCUCCGCGCAGGACCGAGCAUGCCAGCCGCAGCCGUACGCAGCCAGAGAACACGGUCGUGGCCCGCAGACAACUCAAGGGCGGACCAGGGAUAGUGGAGACUCUGGAGCGUAUCGGACUGGAGCGCUUGAUGUCAACGACACCCCCCACCUCCCCGCCACAGACGACACAGUCCAGUACCACAGCGGGAACGGCAGCAGGCGUGGCGCUGGGGGUGCCUGGCACUCCGGGGUCGGGGGUGCUCGCAAGCCGCCUGAGCCAACUGCCGGGCGGAAGCAGCAGGGGGAGCGGUGGGGGCGGAGGACGGGCAGGCAGACAGCCCCGAGUGAGAGCGGACCUAGGUACAGUCCCCGGCCAGACGAACAACUCCCCCAGCAGCUCUCUGGGCACGCUCAGUUCGAUGCUGUUUGGCCGCAAGGGGGGCUUGCUGUAGACCGUAGACUCCCGUGGUAGGGCAGUGUUGCAUUGAUCAUGUUGGAGGUCGAAUUCAGUUCCUACGUUCAAAACCGACUUCUAAAUGUACAAAAUAUUGUUGUACUUCUUCCAUUGCUUGCCAGCAUUCCAACAGAGUAUUUCCUAUCUUACAAUGUACCAUUAAACACAUUUUUUUUGUAAAAAUUAAAUUUUAAAUUUAAAUUGAUAAUUAUUAUUAUAUUGUAAAAUUAAUAUUUUUACCUUUUAAUUCGUUUAAAUUCUUUAUUAGCAAACAUUAAAGCUUUUUAGUUGUUUAUAAAAUAUAUCAUACUUGUUUUGUGUGAUUGUAUGGUCUUCUUCCUAUAAAUUGUUCACACCACAAAAUAUUGUUUCCUAAUAUGAUAAAUAGAUUAUUUUUAAUUUUACGUAAAUCCAUUGUGUCUAUGACAGAAUAAAAUGUCUCAAAGCAACUUUGGUAUGCCGAAAUGGAAUUACCUUGAAGAAACAUUCCGACAAAAGUGGACAAGAUUGCAGCACUGUCCGUCCACGAAGUUGGUAGCUAGGCUGUGUCGCUCUUAGGUUAUAAGGAGGUUAUUUUUUGUAGUGUGUAACUAGUAGGCAUCGAUACGUGUACAGUACAUAAUGUAAACAAG